UCACCUUCGACACCGAUGGCAAAGGCCCCUACACUGGCAUCUCUAAUGGCCAUAUACUCAAAUGGAGAGGCUGUAGUCUUGGUUGGCAAGAGUUUGCCACCACUUCAAACAUCAGAGAGCAAUCCAUUGAACCCAAUGAGCAAUGGAGGUGAGAGUGUUAAAGAAGAGGUGUCCCAUGAAUCUUCUGGAAGGCCACCAUUUGCUAUCCCGCAAUCGAUGAGGGAGGAGCAAGUGCAAAAUGCUGUCAAUUUUUUAUCUCAUCCCAAAGUAAAGGGCUCUCCAGUGAUUUUCCGGGGUGCUUUCCUCGAAAAGAAAGGCCUUUCAAAAGAGGAAAUUGAUGAGGCCUUCCGCCGUGUUCCUGAUUCAGCACCUUCAAAUGCCGCAGGUGCAGGGACUAACACCACAAACCAAGCUAAUCAAGUAAGCCAGCCCAAUCCAUCUCCAGCCUUGCAGCCUGUUGCUGGUGGUUCUUCUCUGGGUGCUAGUUUGCAGCAACCCCGGCUUCAGUGGAACCAUGCUUUGUUUGCAAUAGGUGUUCUUACUGCUUCUAGAGCAGCAACUGGUGUUCUUUUUAAGAAAAUGGUUGUUCCUAGGCUGCAAUCUUUGGUUCAGAGGGUUGUUGAAAAAGAUAGAGAAUCCAAAAAGGAAGUAGAAUUGAAGAGCAGCCUUGCUGAAGAAGCUGCAGAAGCUGCAGAAGCUGCAAAAGCUGCAAAAGCUGACGCUUCUGCAGCUGCUAUUGUGGCUAAGGCAGAUCAAGAAUUAGUAAAUGCAAAAAAUGAAGAGAGGAAGCAUCUUGAACUUUUUAUGGAGAUGAUGGAUAUGCAAAUGAAGGAGAUGAAAUCCAUGUCCAAAUCUAUUCGAGAAUUGGAAAUGAGAACAGAGAAUGGCCGAUAUGAGGAUAAAUCGAUAGGAGUGCAUUCAAUGGGCAAUGAUUUUGGAGAAUUUAUGGUUAAAGAUCAAGAGGGUUCAAGAUGAGAGGAUACAUGAAGCUUUUUUACUUUGUGUAAUUAACUCAAAAAAUAUUUUUUAAUGAAA